AUGCGCAUGUGUGAUAAAUCUUCGAAAUGCUAUCGAGAAGCAACUGAAUUAUUCAUCACUUUGUUUUUCCACACUAAGAAAUGGUCUCCAUUCAAUUAUCUCAUUAACGACGCCGCCAGGAGACAACUGACCUAUUAUACAAUGGCAAUGCUUGCUCUAGUUGAGAGUCGAAGUGCUACAUAUGAAAAUGGUAAAUAUGUGAAAUCGAUCAUAAUGAAAGCAAAAGAAGGAAAACUAAACACAUGGAUCGAAUUGGCCAAAUUCUUUGAAUCAUCAUUUCUCCUUCUCAUUUCGUUUGCCAAUGAAACCUGA